AUGUCGGACGCCCAGGAGGUGUCGGCCGUGGGCUGUGGCCUCAGCCCACUGGUGGACGGGGUGCUGAUCGGUGCGGGCUCGUUUGUGGAUGUGGUCGCCGUCUGCGGCACCCCUCUCCACUGCGCCGCGCGGCAUGGGCGCGUCGAGGCGGCGCAGCUGCUGCUCAGCUGCGAUGCCGAUGCGCUGGCUGUACUCGGCAAGAAGAUCCCUGCGGCCAUUGCCGAGGAGGCGGGGCACUUGGAGCUGGCCCGGCUGCUGCGUCAGGCGGCCCAGGAGCAGGUUCAGAACCAGGUGGCGGCGACGGAGCGGCUGCAGCGGCGCCUGCAUGCGGAUGCGAUUGUGGAGGCCAAGGGCAAGCUGAUUGCUGCGAUGGAGGAUGAGGAGGUGGCUGACAUUGAGCAGGACAUCAUCAGGAAGAAGCUGGGGGUGGAGCCUGUGCUGCACUGCGUGCUCAAGACCUUCUGCGCCCGCUGCGAGGGCAGGAUCAGCGAUGCAGACUGCGAGGUGGUGCUGCUGGAUGCCGGCGCAUGGGUGAACGUCACAUCUCAGUACGGCACCCCGCUUCACUGCGCCGCUCGGAACGGGCACAGCGCGGCGGCGCAGCUGCUGCUCAGCAGCGAUGCCGACGCCCUGGCGUACCUGGGCAAGAAGGGGCCGGCUGCCAUCGCCGAGGACGCCGAGCACGCUGAGCUGGCGCAGGUCCUGCACAAGGCGGCGGCCGCGCAGAUGCGGGACCAGGCGGCGGCGGCGGCGCGGCACGCGCAGCGGCAGGAGGCCGAUGCCAAGGUGGAAGCCAUGCAGAAGGAGCUGCUGGACAAGGAGGACGACGAGGUGGAGGCGAUCGAGGCGGAGAUUGUCAGCAAGAAGCUGGGCCUGGAGCGGAUGCUGUCGUGCUGCUUCCGGCCCCCGCCGGCCAGCACGGCCGCGGCCAAGGGGGCAGCCCCGUAA